GGGCUUUCAUUCCAUCCAGGUUCAUUUUUCCCCCCAUCUAAAGCCCCGCCUCUUGUAACUGACUGUCAAUUCGCACCACUGUUGUUGCAGCCAUUUUAAUCUACACUUCAGUUGUAACUACACCGACGGAUGCUUGCUUAGGACCGUAGGAAGGGUGAAGAGAAAGACUGACUUCAGGAGCUCUCAAUGGUUUCAUCUGAAGGCAGAUGUCAUGAAUUACACAGAACCGGUUGUGGAGAAGGCCGUCAACUCCUGGUCCAGAAUAGCCUCAGCGGGACAGACUGUCCUUUUCGAGGCAUUACAGAUCCUAAACCCUAUGUCGAAAGAUCUUUCAGACACCGAGGAACUGGUAUCCUUUCUGCAAGGACUUAAGGAAGAGGGCCAUAAGCCCAAAGUGCUACGAAGCAAAGAUGUGUACGGUUACAGGUCAUGUACAGCGAAAACCCUCCCGGAAGACAUGUGCUCUAUGGACGUAGCCAGCAAGGGUCCAGGGGCAGGCAAGAAGAGGGGACGGAAGAGUAAGAAAAGAAAGAAAAAAAAGGAGUGUAACAAUUACGCAUCGUGGAGUAGUGCAAGUGCAUCAGAAUCUCACAAGAGAUCGGUCUUUUCCAGACCUCCGAUUCUGACUAUACAUCCUGCCCAGCUGCAGCAGCAGUACCUGAAGCUAACGAACAUUACAGGUUUAAUGAGAGGUCACACUGCGAGAAUGCAGAUUCACUCUCAACCUCCAACACUUUCAGGAAUACCGUUACUGCCGUCGCCGAACACGGGUAGAACACCUAAAGCUGUGGCCAUGGUCGGUCAAAGGUACUCCUGUCCGGAAUGGAACAGAGCCCUUGUCGGAGAUUCUGCCCCCGUGAUCUAUCAGAACGGCCGAGGAGUUUACAACUACAAGACUGACGUGUCAAACCACAGACGGUCCUGGACGGAUGACCAAUCUCUGUGGAUGAUGAACCGUCAGGAGGAGUGUCGGCUGGACGAGAACAGUUUGAGGUGGAAGGUGAUCAAAGUGGACGAUUGCGUCACGGUUGAGGAACUGAGGAGGAAGGCCCAGAGGAUCUUGCAGGUGAACCUGUCCCCUGUGAUACAGAUACGCCCGCUGUAUGAAACUCUAGCUGAAUACCAGCGUGAACGAUAUCUCCAGUAACUUCUUGGUUUGGGCCUAGCUAGCCUAGGGUCCAUUUUGCAACGAGGCUUAGCGAAGUCCACAGAGGUCUUUCUUUACUGUUGAAGCCAGAGGAAAAAAAACACCAGGAAGGCGUCAUCUGACUGACAACAGUAAAGUACAUUCCUUGAGCAGAGACGGGGUGGUAUGAUGUCACGACUACCGCGUCAACAAGACUGAAGGGCCUAACGUCGAUCAGAAGUCAUACACGGUGCUGAUUUCAGACACUCAAGCAUAGACAUUGCUGGUCAGAAUGUAAAUUUGUAUUUUUGUUUUAACCAGCUUCUGUUUUGUACACUUCUGUUUUGUACACUUCUGUUUUGUACACUUCUGUUUUGUACACUUCUGUUUUGUACACUUGAGGAUGGACUGAUAGACUUGGUAAGCAGUGUCACGGCACACUGUAAGGAUACAUUUGUGGUUUGUUGCAAGAAUUUUUUUAGGUACAGUCUACAUGACAAUUUUUAAAACAAUUUUGGUCCCCUGAAAUUGUUGUAAAUGGGCAACCUUGUUUUUAGGGUUAUUGUUUUACAGCUUGAUUUGUAGGUCUUCCUGUGGUUGGCCUACUGAGCCAUUAUCCCUUUAAUCUACUUUUGUGUUUCCUCUUUUAGGGAGUUUGAACUUUCGACAGCCUCAAAAUGUUUGCUGAAAGUAAGCACUUAAAUUGUAACAAUUCCAUUUGCAGGGCAGAGUUAAAAUGGCCUUAUUCUUUUCAGUAAACCUAACCCUUUUUGUAGUGACAGAUUUUUAUUUUCUCUGAGUAAAGAAUUUGAAACCACCCUAUUCUUGUAUUAUAAUUUUUUAAACCUUGAUUUUGCCAAACUUUCCCAACGUCAUCCGUUUUGAAAAAGAAAACCGAUAUUAACUUUGACUCUGUCGUAGAUCGGGUGCAAACUGCCCAUCGGUGCUAACUGGUAAUCGGUGAAAAAUGCAUAGUAAACUAAAUCUGUCCGGUUUUGUGUAGAAGUUGCCACAGUGUUUUGUGAUCUUUCAUUAGUUCAGUUGACUGGUUUCUGAUGCGCUUCUUCAACGUUGUAUUGUAGUGGCACAGUCAAUCAAGGGUACUUCACAGGGACUGUUAUCGGCACGUCCCAAACGGCACCAUAUUCCCUUUACACUAGUAUAGGGAAUAGGGUCCAAUUUGAGACUCGCCCUUCAUGUUGGUUUAACCUCUCUUACUGUUUUUUUUUUGUUUUUGUUGUGCCAAACAUGUCGUUGGUGCUCUCUGAUAGGCCACAUGAUACGAUUCACUGUUCUGAUUGGAUUAGCUGCCUCUUCAUCCCGCCUCAACUCUGGAUUUAAUUGGUGCAUCGUUUUUUUUUGUUGCCAAUUUCACCAUCCCAGAAGUUGCAAAAAUUUUUAGGCCAAAACUACAGUCUAAUUUUAAUUAAGGAACUGGUUAAGUUGAAGGAUUUUUGUCAGGUUUAUUGUAAGGGAAAGUGAAGAGUUUUUUUUUUUCUCGAAUUGCUUGAAUCGUCAUGUUGUAGCCCAAAAUCGGGGCCUUUUUUAAAUAUAUCAAAUAUAAUUUUAAAUGGAUCAUUUGUUGCCAUAUGCUGAAAAUACCAUACAUAUUACUGACUGGUUGUGUUCAAGCCAGGGACCAACCAGGGGAAGUUAAUAAGAGCAGAUUGGUAAGGCUGUAACAUGUGUUUUCACCCCUUAUUAUUCAUCUUGAUUUCAUUGUACCGGUAUGAAAUAAAAUCACAAGGUGAGCACGGC